UGCAUCUAAGUCCUCGGGAAUGCCAGUCGGCUUAAAACCCAAGAACAAGCUCCGCAGACAAGCGGCCUUUCUCUCCAUCAAGAAAGCAAGAGAAGCAGCUAAGCGCGAUGAGCGAUUCAGAAGGAAGCGCGAAGAAGCGAAAGACCUCUCGCUCCGCGCAGAACGGCAGGCGAGAAAUGUGCCGGCCACGAUCGACUCGAAGCGGGCGUGGGAUGAGGAUGCCUUCGGCGACGAGGAGGAUGCGCUGGGCUGGGUCGUCGAUGUGGAGAGGCUAGCGAAGAGGAGGAGGCUAGAGCAAGCGGCAGCUGAGCGGACAGAGGGCGGGGGCGGGGUCGACGACGAGGAAGACGGCACGCUGGCGAAGCUGAGGCGGCGCGAUGAAGAGACGGGGCAUGAGGAGAGCCGAGAGCAAGACGGCGAUGCAGACAGCAUGCUGGGCUUUGAUUCGGAAGCGGAAGACGAUGCGUCGGACCCGGCUUCGUCCGCUGCGAAGAAACGGAAACCGGACCCACCGAAUCGCGCCUCCAGCCCUACAACUUCCUCCGCGACAAACCUCGAGCUCUCUCCCGAAUUUCUCAAGCAAAAGUUCCCUGCAAUUUUCAAUCCGCCGCCUGAACCUAAGAUACUGGUAACGACGUCGCUGCACUCGAGCCUCCACGCUGAAGCCGAAGUCCUUACCACUCUUUUUCCGAACAGCACCUAUAUCCGCCGGACGGCUCACGCUCAUGCACACAAGUACUCGGUCAGGGAGAUCGCACAGUUUGCCUCUGCAAGAGAUUACACCGCGCUCGUCAUAUUAAUGCAGGCGCACCAUGAGAAGAAACCAGACGGCCUAGACAUUGUCAUCCUGCCCUCCGGGCCACACUUCCACUUCAGCAUAUCAAACUGGGUCGAAGGCAAGAAGCUUCCAGGCCACGGCGUAGACCAAGGCUUCAUCCCGGAGCUCAUCCUGAACAACUUCCGCACGCCCCUCGGCCUGCUCACAGCGCACCUCUUCCGAGGUCUCUACCCCCAGCAGCCGGAGCUCAUCGGCCGCACCGUCGUAACGCUCCACAACCAGCGCGACUACAUCUUCCUCCGGCGGCACAGAUAUGUCUUCCGCGAUAAGAAGGAAACAGAGAAGAGCGUCAUUGGUACAGAUGGCAAACCGGUAAAAGGAGUCGAGAGCAUCAAGGUGGGCAUGCAGGAGCUCGGCCCCAGGUUUACUUUGAAGCUGAGAAGGGUAGACAGAGGCAUACAGUGGAAGAGCGGACAGGAGUGGCAGUGGAAGGCGGGCAUGGAGAAGCAGAGGACGAGGUUCAACAUGUAGUCUCAAAUAGGCUGCACCAUGUUGGGCGGGGGGUUAUGAAAAAUUCAAGCCAAGAGAUAGACCUAACCCAUGCCAUCCAAUUCCGAAAAC